UUUCUUUGUCUCUCCAUUUUGCUCACUUUUCAGUUCUCACAAACCAAAACACCACAAACUGGUAACUGUAACCUUCAAAACAAAAACCCCCAAAAUAAACAGCCAAACACAUCCUUAAUACACAAUGAGUUUGAAGUAACUAACUUUUCAACUGUUAAAAGACCUUGGAAUCUCUAUCUGUCACUGGGUUUUGUUAGAGUAGUCUGGGUGUAGAGAGUAAUUGGGAAAUGGCAACUGAUAUGGAUCAUCAUUAUCAUCAUAGCUAUUGUGGCAAUGAAUGGUCACAAACUGAGGUACCAUUAGAGGGCCAACAAUCUCAGGUUGUUUCCAUCUCUGACAUUCUGGAUCAUGGUUCAAUAUCUUUUGGAAGAUUUGCUGUCGAAUCACUUGCAUGGGAAAAGCGGUCAGUGUUCUCCCACAACAGACGUCAGGAGGAGCUGGAGAAGUUUAAGGCCCCUGGAUUUGUUGCUCAAAAGAAGGCAUACUUUGAAGAAUAUUACAAAAAAGUCAGAGCUAUGAAGGCAUUACAAGCAGAACAGCAACAGACAACACAGCCUGAUUCUUGCCUGGUGGCAAUGAGCACCAUCACACAAGUGGAAAAUGCUGUCAAUGCUGACUUCAUGAAAGAGGAAAAGAAGCCUAUCAAUGUCAGUGAAAGACAGGUCUUAGAGAAUGAUGCAACUAGAGGCAUUCUGGAUAGUUCAAAAGAUGCUACCAAAGAAGAAUUAGGUUGCUGUGGUAAUGACAAUGACAAAGCUAGCCUGACAGAUGAAACCAGUGUGUCCUUAUCUGCCAUUGAACUCCAACAUUUUGUAAAAGAGGCUUCCUCCACUUCAUCAGUCAGUAAGAGCUCAGAAACUGCCCAGCAUGACUGCUCUGUCUCUGACAGAGCCAAGCAUGAUGCCAACAAGCAAAAGAAACAAUCAUCGAGUCUAAAUGCUAAGGUGACAGUUGCGUCUGCUGAAAACAGAACACAUUUGGACUACAUAAUUACCAAAGGUGCCGUUAAGCUAUCUGAGAAGCCGAAAGUGUCUAUCAAUGAUAAAAUUGCUGGCAAGAAAGAUAACGGUCUUGUUUCAAGCAAAAGAAGUACACCUAAGAUUGCAAAAGACAUUAGUUCCAACAAUGUUUACUCAAAUAGACAAAAUACGGAAAUACGCCCCAAUGCCGCUGUUCUGCGCACUUCAUUAGUGAGGGCUAGCUCAGUGACAUCUUCACCCAUUAGUAUAGUUGGUCAGGUGAAGGAAAUUUCAACUUCCAAAGGGUCAGUAGACAAGUUCCCAACAAAGUUGCCACUCCAUGAACGAUCCACCCAGAGCACUACAAAGAAGGCUUCUGUUACUGGUGGUUUGAGAAAGAAAGCUCUGGAUAACAGGAGGAGCUGUGAUGGAGUUGGUAGAAAGCCUUUAGAGCCCAGUGGCUGCCAAAUUAGAGCCAAUGGCAGAGUAUCCGAGAACCAAAGACCGAAAAUAAUGUCUAUGAACCUUCGUGCUCAGAAUAAUGUAAAUCAAAAUUAUGGAAUUGAAGCUGAGCAAAAGAGUAAUGUCAAAGGACUGCAGAAAAAGGGAGACGAGAAAAGUAAUGUUGGGCUUGGAAAAGAUUCAAAAUAUGCAUCAUCUACCUUGUUCACCAUUCACAAGGCUCCAAAUCCAAAACCAGUUCCUAAGAUUGCAUUACCAGAAUCUGCAGAUCUGACCCAUGCAAGAAGAGAACCAAGACUGAAGAUGCCAAGUUGGCGGUGAAAUUGAAACUCAAGGGGAUUCGUGAAUUAUCAUAGCCCAGGAAUCUGAGGCUGUCACUUGUCAUACUCAUCACAUUUGCAAUCGAAGGUAUCUGCACCGGAUUUUAUGAAUUCAGGGAAAGGUUUCAAGCUGGCACGAAUUAUGGUCUCAAGAAAUUGCAAGAAACCAAAAGGAGAACCUUAGAAGGGGUAAUUCAAGCAUAUGAGAUACAUAUUUUGUAGAAGCAGCUACAAAAAAAAUGUAACAUUUAGGGCUUAAAAUAUGUGACAGAAAUUAAUGAUUGUAUAUAAAGUUCAUGCUUUUAUGGAUCAUAAGGUUGUCAUUAACUUCAGAAGAUAGACCGAAAGUAUUUCAAAUCUUCUAACAUUUCAAAUUGAAUAAAAACAUGAGAUCUUAUGAUGCUUAUUA